ACUCCCACUGGUUCUGGAGGUAUGUACUAACAACUCUGAAUAAGUUGAAUAGAAAACGAUUGGAGAUUGAUAGUCUAGCUUUUCUUAGCAAUCAAGCUGCUAUAAUUGUAACCACCUUGUACCUCUUUCCCAGUAAAGUUUUGGGGCUCCACUUCCAUCACUAACAAUCAAUCAACUCAGGCUUGCUGUCAGGUCUUAUGACCCCCUUCACUUUACUUUAAGUUAAAGCCACAUUUCUAAACAUAACGACCAUCUAAUUGUAAGACUUCAGCGAAGAAAAUCUACAUAGAUUCAAGACAGAAAACUUGUUUUGUGCACUUUCAUUUUGCUAAAAUUAUUGGCAGGAGCUUUUUGACAGCAAAGUGAACAAUUCUGUAAAAGAUUUAACAGUAUUUCAGGUGUCAAGCUGGAUUCACUGGGUUGAGAUUUUGUUAAAUUGGAGGGCAUCAGUCAAGGUCAUCUUCAAAGACAACAGGCUUAUACUCUUCAUUGCUGUACAGGUGGAAGUGUUGUCGUUUAGACUGGAUGUUAAUAUAAGAUUUAUCUCUGCCCACUCAAAUGACAUGAAAGAUUAAAUGGCACUCAUUUAAAGAACAGGAGAGUUCCCACUCCUGUUUUGGUCAAUAGCUAUUCAUCAAUCAACAUGAAACUGAUCAAGAAAGCAGCUCACCAACAUAUUCACUUGAUUUGUUUUGCAUUGGCAAAGAAAGUGAUGGCCUGGUCAGUGCCACCCACAUCCAAUGAGAGAGUCCUGACUUCUGAGAGGAUGAUUUCUUGUUCCCGUUUCCAUUUGUUCUUCAUGAUCACCCUUUUGUAUGGUUUCUGGUACAACGUGGAAUCACUAAACCUCGAGGACCCUAAUGUAUGCAGUCACUGGGAGAGCUAUUCAGUAACUGUACAGGAAUCUUACGCUCAUCCAUAUGAUCAGAUAUACUAUACCAGCUGUGCUGAUAUCCUGAACUGGUUCAAAUGCACAAGGCACAGAGUAAGUUAUCGUGCAGCCUAUCGGCGUGGUGAGAAAACAAUGUAUCGCCGUCGUUCUCAGUGUUGUCCAGGAUUUUACGAAAGCUUAGAGAUCUGUGUUCCUCACUGUGCUGAGAAAUGUGUCCAUGGAAGAUGCAUCGCCCCCAACACCUGUCAGUGUGAACCAGGCUGGGGAGGCCUAAAUUGUUCUAGUGCAUGUGACAGUAACCAUUGGGGCCCACACUGUAACAACCGCUGUCAGUGUAAGAAUGGAGCUCUGUGUAAUCCCAUCACUGGAGCCUGCUUCUGCACGCCUGGAUACCAAGGUUGGCGAUGUGAGGAGAUCUGCAGUGUUGGAACGUAUGGGAAUGGAUGUCAUUUAAAGUGCCAGUGUCAAAAUGGGGCAACGUGUGAUCACGUGACUGGCGAAUGUAAAUGCCCACCAGGAUACACUGGCGCAUUUUGUGAAGAUUUGUGUCCACCAGGCAAGCAUGGACCUCAGUGUGAAGAGCGAUGCCCUUGCCAAAAUGGUGGGGUGUGUCACCAUGUGACAGGAGAAUGCUCAUGCCCCCCAGGAUGGAUGGGAACAGUAUGUGGCCAGCCUUGUCCUGAGGGAAGAUAUGGAAUAAACUGCUCACAGGAAUGCCAAUGCCACAAUGGUGGCCAAUGUGACUCAGCCACUGGUCAGUGCCAAUGUGGAGCUGGCUACACAGGAGAGAGGUGUCAGGAUCAAUGUUCCUUUGGGACAUAUGGAGAAAACUGUGCUGAGAGGUGUAGUUGCCUCAAUGGGGGAAGAUGCUUUAACAUUGCAGGGCUAUGUGUCAAAGAGGUAGGGUUUAAUGGGCAUUUCUGAGAGGCCAGAUUGUGCUCAUAAGGCUAAUCGCUAUGCUGUGAAAGACUAAGGCGCCUUUUAUCCUCUCUUACCAGCUGUCAUCCCAUGUCUGGCGAGUGUACAUGUAAACCUGGAUGGUCUGGGCUAUACUGCAAUGAGACAUGUGCCCCUGGAUUUUAUGGUGUAUCUUGUCAUCAAAUCUGCAGCUGCCAAAAUGGGGCUGACUGUGACAGCGUAACUGGCAAAUGCAUCUGUGCCCCGGGGUAUAAGGGACCUGAUUGCUCAAUUCCUUGUCCCGUUGGUACCAAUGGAGUCAACUGUUCCUCUUCCUGUGACUGCAAAAAUGGAGCAGUUUGCUCACCUAUAGAUGGUUCAUGCACCUGUAAGGCAGGUUGGCAUGGAGUUGAUUGUUCGAUUCCCUGCCCUCGUGGUAAGUGGGGCCUUGGCUGUAAUUCAACUUGUCGCUGUGCCAAUGGAGGAGCAUGUAAUGCACAGGAUGGAACCUGCACCUGUCUGGCAGGAUGGCGAGGGGAUAAGUGUGAACAUCCAUGUCAGGAUGGUUCCUAUGGAAUGAACUGCAGUGAGCGUUGUGACUGCAGUCACGCUGAUGGUUGUCAUGCCACCACUGGUUAUUGCCGCUGUCUUGCUGGGUGGACAGGUAUACACUGUGAUAGUGUGUGUGCGGAAGGACGCUGGGGACCAAACUGUACACUGCCAUGUAAUUGCAAGAAUGGUGCUUCCUGUUCACCCGAUGAUGGAGCUUGCGAGUGUGUGCCUGGAUAUAGAGGCACGACCUGUCAACGUAUCUGUUCACCUGGGUUCUACGGACAUCGUUGCAGUCAGGCGUGUCCUCAAUGUGUGCACAGUAACGGGCCAUGCCAACAUGUCACAGGGCAGUGUGACUGCUUACCUGGUUUCAUGGGAGCUCUCUGCAAUGAAGUGUGUCCCAGCGGUCAUUUUGGGAAAAGCUGUGCUGGUUUCUGUACUUGUACAAACAAUGGGACAUGCAAUCCCAUUGAUGGUUCCUGCCAGUGUUACCCAGGAUGGAUUGGAAGUGACUGUUCUCAACCCUGUCCACCUGGAUACUGGGGUCCAAACUGUAUCCACACCUGCAACUGCCACAAUGGAGCCCACUGUAGUGCGUAUGAUGGGGAAUGCAAGUGUACACCAGGCUGGACUGGACUGUACUGCACACAGAGAUGCCCAUUAGGUUAUUACGGCAGGGAUUGUGGCGAACUGUGCCAGUGUCAAAAUGGAGCAGACUGCGACCAUAUCUCAGGGCAGUGCACCUGUCGUAUUGGAUUCAUGGGCAAACAUUGCCAGCAAAGAUGUUUACCAGGCACGUAUGGUUAUGGCUGUCGCCAGGUGUGUGACUGUUUGAACAACUCCACGUGUGACCAUAUUAAAGGCACCUGCUAUUGCAGUCCAGGAUGGAAGGGUUCAAAGUGUGAUCAAGCGGGGGUUAUAAUUGUGGGAAACCUAAAUAGCCUCAGCCGGACCAGCACUGCCAUUCCUGCUGAUUCGCAUCAAAUUGGGGCAACAGUGGGGAUUGUCAUCCUGCUCCUGAUUGUCCUCUUCCUCCUGGUGCUCUUCAUAAUGUAUCGCCGAAAACAACAGGGAAAGGAAGCUAACAUGGCAGCCGUCACCUACUCUCCCGCUCUGAGAGUCAUGAAUGCGGAUUACUCUAUUUCAGAAAAUAUGCAACAAGGUAAUGCUGGGAAUGCAAACAGCCAUUAUUUCUCCAACCCAAGCUACCAUACCUUAGCACAAUGUGGGAGCCCCCCUCACACCAACAACUGUCAACGGAAUGGGUCUGGAAAGGCAAAAAACAAUCAACUUUUCGUAAACAUCAAAAAUCUCAAGAGUCAAGGAAAGCACGGUUCCAUUUUGGACUACACAGCAACACUGCCUGCAGAUUGGAAGCAAGGUGGCUACCCGAAUGAUUUAGGUGGUGCUUUUGGUAUUGACCGAGGUUAUGUUGGAAAAUCACUUAAAGAUCUGGUGAAGAAUUCGGGCUGUAGUGCCAGCACCUGCUCACUCAACAGCACUGAAAACCCAUAUGCCACCAUCAAAGACCCUCCAGUUUUUACAUCUAAAAACUCAGAGUGUGGUUAUGUUGAGAUGAAGUCCCCAGCUCGCAGGGACUCGCCUUAUGCUGAGAUUGGCAAUUCCACUUCAGCCAAUAAAAACGUCUAUGAAGUUGAACCAACAGUAAGUGUCAGCCAAGGAACAUACUGCAACAACGCACCUUUAGGUCAGGAUCCCUACGAUCUGCCCAAGAACAGCCACAUUCCAUGUCAUUAUGACUUGCUUCCGGUCCGAAAUAGUCCUUCGCCGUCACAGAACACAGAUGACAAUGAAUGAGUGAAAUGGCAUCAAUUUACUGUUGGCAAAUAGUCGAGGUUACACACCUCUGUCAGGGUUUAUCAGAAGAAUACUGACCAAUGUCUUGCCACCUCUUCUGGCUCGUGUUUAGAUGAUGAUUUAACUCCAGAGCUCAGCUGAAGUGCAGAUGGUGAGCAGGGAAACAUUGGAGACAGCUAGACCACAAAAAAGGACUCCCCCGCUUUUUAAAAUGUCUUUCUUACUUUUCAUAAUUUUGAGGUGUCUGAGAUUUUUUGAGGACUGAGAUUAAAUUGGUGUCUGCUUUACAGACAUGUAGAAUUAUUUGGGCAUUUGAGGCUAAGAGUUAUACCCUGGUACUCACAUAGUGAAAAUAAAAUGUCAGUGAAAAAUUUAUUUGUCCAACAUUUUCUAGAAAGAAGAUCCAUCUCAUUCCUAAUUGCUACAAGUAUUUCUUUUGAAACAAAUCAUUCCAUGUAUGCAUUACUAACAUUUAAUGUAACAUAUUACGGAUAAUUUCUCCAAUAGGUCACUUAGGAAUAUUUUAGUUCUUUAUAUUUUUCCUGGAACUUGGCUCAACUGAGGAAAACUUGAAGAAAACAAUCAAAUGACACUGCAUGAUCUUAAGCAAGGCGCAAUUAAUUGCUGAAUCCUUGAAUUCAGAAAUUAAAACACGCAUUUUUCAUGUAUUAAUGAAAGGGAGAUUUCCAUUGCAUUGUAGCCAGACCCAUAUGUCUUUGAAUCUGUGUAGCCGCAGCCAUUCACUGUUCCUAUCUGCGCGCUAUUUGUAAAAUAAGCCAAUGCUGUGCUUAAGCUGGUCUUUUGUGCAUCAGAAAUAAGUUUGUAAAGAUAGCUGUGAGUUUGCUCUUUCAGUAGCUGCCUGUGUUUUCAAUACAUGUUUCUCAUGAUCUUUGCUCUUAUUUUUACAUUUAAUUCUGUGUUCAGAUUAAUAUUUCUGUAUAUUGAUUUUAUUGUUAAUUGAGAGUAUUACAUUUUGUUUGUUGUUAUGAACUUGCCUCAGCUUCCUGAGCCAGUAUUAUUAGUCUGGUUAAUGUAUAAUAAGUUGUACAUAGAUGUAAAACCAGGUUAAACCAACUGACAAGUGGUAACUUGUUUAAUGGACUUAAACUGUACAGUGGAAUAUCCUGCUCCAUUAGUAAACAUUAACUUUUAAGUGCUGUUGCACUGUAGCCAUAUAUUGCAUUGUGACAUUAAAUGUACUAUCCCACAAAAGACGAUUGCCUUUACCUGACUGAUAACAUUUUUGUUACGUUAUUUAUGUUUUUUUCUCAACCAGUUUAUACCAUACAUAAAAUUGAAGUAUUAUACUCUUAUUCACUUAUCCCAAACAAAAACUAGCACUAAAUCUUUUUCAUCCAUCCUCUGCUCUUUAAGUGUUACAUCUGCUACUUUUUAUGUAUAGUGUGUCUGCCAUCAGCUUUCCAAUAAAAUUUACUCUUGAAAGAGUACUCAA